UCCCCCGGGCCUGUCCCUCAUCCCCCGCUGGGUGCUGCCUGCCCCACCUGCCUCGCCGCCGAGCCCGAAAAGGGGUUAAAAGCCUGGGGCGGGUGAUGUCAGUUCCUGCGCUCCUCGGGAGGGCUGGCUCUGAUAUUUGAGAUGGGCUCCCCCGCUCUAAGUUAAACGGAGCGGGGAUGGUAAAGUGCUGAAUGGGACAGAAGCCUCGCCGGACACCUGCCUGCUACUCAGCACCGCGCAGCCGCCCGAGGUCAGGGCCGGCACUGCCGGUCUCCCUGCUGCCGCUCCAGCUGCGGAACCCGCGGAUACUGCCGGCUGCGCCUGUCACUGCCCCGCUCCGCCGGGGCGAGACCCCCUCGCCGGCCAAGGAUUUUUAGAGCACCUCAGACGACAUCCCAAAUGUAUGAUUAACUUCACAAUGGCAGAACUCACAGUGGAGAAUGGCAGCUGUGUGGACUGGCAAAAGCGAUGCCUUGUAUUGGAGUCCCAGCUCUUCAAAUUCCGCUUGCAGGCAAGCAAGAUCCGAGAGCUGCUAGCUGAGAAGAUGCAGGAAUUGGAACAGAGAGUGGUAGAAGCAGAACAAAGAGCUGAGGAUGCGGAGAAACAGGUCAGAGUUAUGGAACAGAAUAUAAAACUAGCUAACUUGAAGACUGGAGAAUCAGACAGCUCUUUGCACAGGAAGUACCAGGAGCUGAUGGGCACAUUGCAAGGAAAGGAAGAUCAGAUCAACAGAUUGGAGACACAGCUAGCGAAACAGAAACUAUUGAGAACUGAGGAAGCCAAAAUUGUUCAAGAGAAAGCUGCCAAGAUCAAAGCAUGGGUAACGUUUAAGCUUGGAGAGCUUGAGCUAGAAAAUUACCACCUGAGAAACUGUAAUCAGAGACUGACAGAGCAAAUUGAAGCCCUUCAGGAUACAUUGCAAGAUAUGACCAGCAUUCCUCCCUUUGAGUCUCUUUGGAGCUGUAAUCCUCUGAAGCCCAGAGCAUCACAGACCUCUCUUGCUGAAAAGAUAGACCAGAAAACUGUGCUCCUUACACCUGGUUUCAGACAGAUAUGUCAGACAGGACACAGCAAACAUGUCCUCUCUACAGCAAAUAUAGUCCUUACCGAUGACACCUUUACUGGGGAUGGGGAGGAUAAAUCUCUGCUUUCCCAGAGCACGCUGAAGCUCAUGUCAGACCAAUUAAGCUGGAAUCUCUCCACAGAGAAAGAUGUAUUCACAGCUGUAUGUUCUGAACACAGGUUAGGGUGCUCUGAUUCCACAUCGCUGGGCCCUCCAGAUGAGGCCACAAGAAUCCUUGAGGCUUUGACUUACCAGUCAUCUUUGGAAGGAAACUGUAGUGCUGUGAGCACCUUGCAACAAGUGGCUUUGGACAGCACACACUUCUCUGAUGAUCUGAGUGCCAGGUUCCGCUCCCACCGGCUGGAUUCCUCUUCCUCAGGAGAAAUAAUGAGCAAGCUUGAGGGCCAUCUCCAAACUGCUGAGCCAUCUCUGGUUGUGUCAGCAUCAACUAUUACAGCACAUUCCCUCUGUCCAGCAAGGGAAUGCAACCUUGUCAGUAGUAUGACCUUUCCAAAAGUACGAUCUCCCAAUACACCAAGAGAUAGUAUCCAACUAGCCAAGAGACAUUACAGCCAGCCACAGCCAGGGACUAAUUCUUUCCAUCACGUAAUGAGCUUAGAGGCCAGCACCUUCCAGCCCAUCGUAAACUCUCCAGCCUGCCAUGGACAAGUGAAGGAGACAGACAUUGAUGAUGAUGAUGAUGGGGUACUGGAGAAAAUGGAGACAGAACGUGGCCCAGUGAGGGAAGAAGCUGGAGUGUGUGAGGAAAUGAACCACUUAUCUGCAGGGCAAAGAGUAGCUGUGAAUUCUGAGGCUGGCAUACUCGACCCAGGAGGCAAACCUCCCACACCACCACUGCACAGAUUCCCAUCAUGGGAGAGUCGAAUCUAUGCUGUGGCCAAGUCCGGCAUGAGGUUAUCUGAAGUGGCCACGGUGAAUGAUACUUCCACCUGCUUUUCCAGUUUCUCGUGUUCAGCUUCUGGGCCAUUUACCUGUCUCAUCUACAGAAAUGUCACAGUGCCAGUCUACACUACGCUGAAAGGGAAAGCUGUGCAGAUCAGCAACGUGCCUUUCUUAGAUGAGUCUUCAGGUUCUGAUGAUGACUGUGGUUCCCAUGCCAGCUUCAGGACUUCUACUGCUGGGUCUGAGAACAGGAAAGCUAGCAUGCCAGGCAGCCCUCGAGCAGUGAAGAGAGGUGUAUCUGUGUCCUCACUGAGCUCUGAAAGUGAUUAUGCCAUUCCUCCUGAUGCCUGCUCCUUGGAUGGUGACUAUUUAGAGCCAGAACAUAAGCUACAGCGAACAUCUUCCUAUUCCACCGACGGUGGAAUCUGCACUGAACCCAUGGAGAAAUCUGGUUACUUGCUGAAAAUGGGCAGCCAGGUGAAGAUGUGGAAGAGAAGAUGGUUUGUUCUGAGAAACAGACAAAUCAUGUACUACAAGUCUCCGAGUGAUGUUAUCCGCAAACCACAAGGGCAGAUGGAGCUGAAUUCCUCAUGCCAAAUUGUCAGAGGUGAAGGGUCCCAAACGUUCCAGCUCAUGACAGAAAAGAGAACCUACUUCCUGACAGCUGACUCUCCCAAUAUCCUAGAGGAAUGGAUUCAUGUCCUACAGAGUAUCCUCAGAGUGCAAGUGACAAGUCCUGUUGGUGUUCCUCAUAGUGAUGCUAAACCCACUGUGAAAGGUUGGCUCACCAAGGUCAAGCAUGGUCACUCUAAGCUGGUCUGGUGUGCACUGAUUGGAAAAACUUUUUAUUACUACCGAAAUCAUGAAGACAAGUGUCCCCUAGGACAUCUGCUUAUGCGUGAGUCCAAAGUGGAAGAAGUAGACCGUUCCUGUGACUCUGAUGAAGAUUAUGAAGCCACUGGUGGAGGACUUGUCUCAUCUCACUGUACAUUGGUGAUUCACCCACAGGACCAGAGUCCCACAUACUUACUCAUUCGCACCAAACAGGAGAAGAAUACCUGGCUGUACCAUCUGACUGUAGCAGCUGGUAGCAGUAGUGCCACAGUGGGCACAUCAUAUGAACGACUCAUUGGAAAACUAUUGGACGCAGAGGGAGACCCUAAUUGUCCUCUGUGGAAACAUCCUAUGUUGUGCUACAGUAAAGAUGGGUUGCAGACAUCCCUCACCACUCUGCCUUCAGAGGCUCUACAGACUGAAGCUCUGAAACUUUUUAAGUCCUGUCAGCUGUUCAUCAAUGUCCCUGUGGAGGCACCCUCUAUUGAUUACCACGUGUCACUCGCCCAGACAGCACUGCAGGUCUGUUUGACACAUACUGAGCUGCAGAAUGAAAUUUACUGUCAGCUUGUUAAACAGACCAGCUGCCGACAACCCCAGAACCACUCAGUCAUUCAGUGCUGGCAACUCCUGGCUUUAUGUGCUCCUCUAUUCCUGCCUCAACAUCACUUCCUCUGGUACAUCAAACAGCACUUGCAGCGACAUGCUGACCCCAGAAGUGAAAUAGGCAAGUAUGCCAUCUACUGCCAGAGAUCAGUAGACCGCACUGUGCAGACUGGUGAGCGAGAAGCCAAGCCCUCCCGGAUGGAGAUUGUGUCCAUCCUGCUGAGAAAUCCCUACCACCAUUCACUCCCCUUCAGCAUCCCAGUGCACUUCAUGAGCGGAACCUACCAGGUUGUAGGUUUUGAUGGUUCCUCAACAGUCGAUGAAUUCAUCCAGCGACUGAACCAGGAGACAGGAAUGAGGAAACCAUCCCACAUGGGAUUUUCUCUGUUCACAGAUGAUCCUUCUGGCAGAAAUUUGGAACAUUGUCUGCAGGGUAACAUGAAGAUCUGUGAUGUCAUUUCUAAAUGGGAACAAGCCUUAAAAGAACUGCAUCCUGGGAAAUAUGAAGGUGGCACAAGAAUUGUGAAGUUGACCUAUAAGAACAGGCUGUAUUUUCGAAGCCAGGCCAAAGGUGAGACAGACCGUGAGCGGCUGCUGCUGGCCUUCCAAGUCAGCAAUGAAAUAGCCAAUGGAAGGUUUCCUGUUAAUAAGGAAUUAGCUCUGGAAAUGGUGGCUCUGAUGGCUCAGGUGGAAUAUGGCGACUUGGAUCGACCAGGAUCUUCAAGUCCCGGGGGAACAUCACAAUGGAAAAUGCAGCACCUUCUCCACCAGGUCUUAGAUAAGUUCUACCCCAAAUGCUACAAGCAAAACAUUACUUCGGAACAGCUCAGGCAACUGGCUGACAAGUUGGCAACAAAGUGGAUGGUGCUGCAGGGAUGCUCUCCACCAGAAUGCAUUCGAAUUUAUUUGACAGUGGCCCGCAAAUGGCCUUUCUUUGGAACCAAAAUAUUUGCUGCUAAGCCUAUUUUGCCUUCCUCAUUAGAAGACUCUCCAGUCUGGAUAGCUGUGAACGAAGAUGGUAUCAGCAUACUGGAUUAUAACACUAUGCACUUGAAGGUUUCUUACUCAUAUUCCUCUGUGCUGACCUUUGGAGGCUGUCGAGAAGACUUCAUGAUUGUAGUCAAUCAAAUGAAAGAAAGGUGUUCUGGAAAAAACAGCACUGAAAAACUGCUUUUCACAAUGGCAAUUCCAAAGAUUGUUGAAGCAACACUUCUUAUUGCCAGCUAUAUUAACUGCUGUUCGACACCUUCAUUCCUAUCUUCUACACAGCCCUCCCGAAGCAAAACGCCUGCCAACAAGCUCUGGGAGACUGAAAAUAGGUGCUUUCUUCCUCCCGUGCCCCAAAACACCAAGGGGCCCACCCUGCGCUGAGGGCUCAUUCCAAAUUAGUUUGGGGCUUUUUUGUUUGUUUGGAUUUCUGUUUUUUUUUUUUUCCCCACUGCUGUGUACCAAAUAGCAGACUGCUACGAUUUUGCUGGUUACACACAUUAAUUUAAUGUGGGCUCUGAUUCUUUUUGCAUAAUAAUAGACAAAGUUCCUCGGUGUGGGUAGAGAAUGUCUUCUUAAAAAAAACACUGAAUGAGGGGACUGUGCAGGAGUUUCCUUUCCAUGCCACAUUCCAUCCAAAAUACCAUGCCUCAGGUAAUUUGCCUGCAUAGUGCUCCAGUCACUUCCUUGCACCCAUUCUUCUUCCAUCUCCUGAUCUUACUGCUUUGCUUACAAGCACGAUUGUGCACUUUGAUGACUGCCAUUUUCAGUUUUCAGAGGACAGAAACUUUCCAAUUCCUUGCUCCAGAUGUGAAAGGAAGAAAGAAAGAGAGAAAGAACGAAGACACUGUUGAGAAGAGGAACUAAACUGACAAGAAUAAUUAUGAUGCAAGUCAAGGGUAAUUUCAGACCUGACAUAGAGAUAUAAAGUAAGAGUUCAGUGGUACUCAAGAAUUUAUUUUCAACUUUAAAUAAAGGGGGAAACCUA